AGCCUGGCUCGGGCAUGAAUUUGCGCCGUGGGCCAUGGCGGGCCGUGUGGCUCCCGGCGGACUCAUCCACACAGGUGGCAGCGUCCCCGACACCAGCUCGGAUGUAGAGGAGGCGCCGGGCAGCAACCUGAGCUUCCCGUCCCUGAUCCUGGGCGGGCACAGGGCCCCCGUCUGUGCGGUCGCCUGGCUGCCGGGCGAGAAGGUGCUUACCGGCUCCCAUGACCAGAGCGCCAAGGUCUGGAACGCCCGCACCGGGGUUUGCGAACACACUCUGCAGGGCCACGAGGGGCCCAUCGCCGCGGUGGCGGGCGAUCGUGCCGGCCUGCGGGUGCUCCCGGCGGACCACGCCGGCGCUUGGGCUGCUGAAAGGGUCACGGGCUUGGGCCUGCUGGGUUUUGUAGCUGCCGGCUAUGGCGUCUCGUUCGCGAACUCGUGCGAGUUGACUUCAAGUGAAAGGAUCUGUUUUUGACCGAAUUCAGGUCACCUAUUCUGGACAAAAGCUGAGGUGGUCGAAAGGGCUGGCUUGUGUGGCUCGUUCUGCCUGACUCGGAUGU